GGGAAUUGCAAUCUGGUCCCCGUUCGUAUGUACCAUCUUACUUUCUCCAACCGACAUAGAUUCUAUGUGUAUACCACGCGCAUCAACUUCUUUCCCCCAACUUCAUAACUUUGUUGUUCUGUAUGAUAACUACAACCAUUUCUCUAUCGGCUAUCAUUUCUAGGAAGCUUCGGAAAAUAUAAUAAAUAAUCUUGAAAUAUUAUUAUUUCUCAACUUGUGGUGGUUUAAAAGCUGACGCUCUAAAACACUGUCGGUUUUGCUGAAUUUGGAUUCAUUUGUCUUAAGGGCCCCUUUUUAAAGAUCUUGAGGUUUUGAUCGUUAGUGCUCAAUCAUUUAGCUUGAAGCUUCAACCUUGUAAGAAACUCGAGUGCACCCUUUUUUCAAGCUUAUCCUUAAACUUGCACAGAUUUGUGUUCAGCUUUUUUGGUUCUUUCAAGAUUCUGUUCAGGAAAGCGACACUAAAGUUUGCAAUUGCCAAGUGUGAGAAGAAGUUAUGAUGAUUAAACACAGGAUGAAUCAUCCAAAAAUUAAGCGCAAAAUUGGCAAGUAUGAGAUGGGGCGGACAAUUGGCGAGGGCACGUUUGCGAAAGUAAAGUUUGCUAGAAAUUCUGAGAAUGGACAUCCUGUGGCUAUCAAGAUUCUUGACAAGGACAAGGUCCUUAAACAUAAAAUGGCAGAACAGGUAAACAAUGGACGAAUGCGAGAAGACGAAGCAAGAAAGUAUUUUCAGCAACUUAUUAAUGCUGUUGAUUACUGUCAUAGCAGGGGAGUCUUCCACAGGGACCUAAAGCCUGAAAAUUUACUACUGGAUGCUGCUGGAAAUCUCAAAAUUUCUGAUUUUGGAUUAAGUGCUCUCUCCCAGCAAGUCAGGGAUGAUGGUCUGUUGCAUACUGCCUGCGGCACACCAAAUUAUGUUGCACCGGAGGUCCUUAACGAUGGAGGCUAUGAUGGAGCGCCUGCAGACCUAUGGUCUUGUGGGGUCGUACUCUUUGUAUUGCUCGCAGGUUACUUGCCUUUUGAUGAUUCUAAUCUUGUGAACUUGUAUAAAAAAAUAUCUUCUGCUGAAUUCACUUGUCCUCCUUGGCUUCCUUUUGGAGCUAUGAAGUUGAUCACCCGAAUCCUCGAACCAAAUCCCCUUAAACGCAUCACUGUAGCUGAGAUUUUGGCAGAUGAGUGGUUUAAGAAAGAUUACAAACCACCAAGGUUUAAUGAAAAAGAAGAUACAAAUUUGGAUGACGUGGAAGCUGUGUUUAAAGACUCUGAGGAAUAUCAUGUGAAGGAGAAAAAGGAGGAACAGCCGACUGCAAUGAACGCCUUUGAGUUGAUUUCCAUGUCAAAAGGCCUCAAUCUUGAGAAUCUAUUUGAUGCAGAACAGGGGUUCAAGAAGGAAACAAGGUUCACGUCUAGAUGCUCAGCCAAUGAGAUCAUCACUAAAAUUGAACAAGCUGCAAAGCCGCUAGGUUUUGGUGUUCAGAAAAAUAACUACAAGAUGAGACUUGAGAAUCUAAAAGCAGGAAGGAAAGGCAAUCUUAAUGUUGCUACUGAGGUUUUCCAAGUUUGCCCUUCUUUGCAUAUGGUGGAGGUUAGAAAAGAUAAGGGGGACACUUUGGAGUUCAACAAGUUCUAUAAGAAGCUGUCGAGCAGUCUUGAGGAUGUAGUUUGGAAAACCGAAGAGGAGAUGCAAUAAGUGAUGUAGAGAUGCAGUUAGCUCGUCUGCCAUUCUUUUGUUUGUUAGUUUCCGGUUCGAUUUUUCGUCAUGUAGAGAUGAGGGAAAAUGUUGUUAUGUUGUAAGCCAUUUUUUCUUCCGGUUGUUUCUUGGUAUGAGAAUUGGAGGGCUUUAGGCAGUUAGUUUUCUCGUGAGCUGUGGUUUUGAUCAUUUCCUGCAAGAGACAUGAAUGAAUAAAAUCUCCUUAGUUUUGAAUGAAUGAGAAGUUUUCAAAUUAAAAUCUCCUUAA